UUCGAUUAAGUAAUCAAUUCGUUAUAUUUAGCCUAUUGUUUUCUUUUUGAAACAGCGCCAUUUUAUGAAAAUGUGGUCGUGUUUAAUCAUAUCUACAUUAAUUGUUUGCCUCUGUGCUGAAACAUCUGCUCACUCGUUUGAGACUGAGGAGAUUAUACCUGUACGGCUGACUGGAAGGACCGGUGGACGAGUGGCAAAGAGGAGUGAAGAACAACUCAGCUUCAGACUCACGGCUUUCGGCAGGAAUUUCACACUUAAUUUGACACCGGACAGCACCUUUAUAUCGCCAGCACUGAAGGUAUAUCGCAUCAAAGUCAAACCACAAGAAAGACUUGAGUCAACCGGCAACCCGACAUAUCUUUAUAAGUCCUUGAAUCAAACUGAAGAGACUGGAGCAGAUUUAUUAAAAGGUUGUUUUUACACCGGCGCUGUUGACUCCAAUGAGGACUCUAUUGUUUCUGUCAGUUUAUGUCGUGGGAUUUUAGGAUCAUUCAUUACAGAUGGUAAAGAAUAUACAGUCGAGCCUAAACUUUUUGGCUCGGGAACAUAUGGAAAGUUAACCGAGCAGCUGCAUGUCAUUAAAAGAAGACGUUUUACAAAGUCCCCGCAGGUCUCUAAACAGCUGUUAGAUAUCAGAGAUGAUCAUCAAAAGUCGAUGAUCCAGAUGCCGUCUAGGCGCACGCGCUUUGUCUCCACGCCCAGGUUUAUUGAGACUUUGGUGGUCGGUGACGCUUCCCUGACACAUUUCUAUGGAGAUGAGAUCAAGCACUACAUGCUGACCUUGAUGUCAAUGGCUGCUCAGAUUUACAAACAUCCUAGCAUUAAGAACUCCAUCAACAUAGUGCUUGUGAAGAUGCUGAUCGUGGAGGACGAAGAGGUUGGACCGUCAGUCUCCAGCAAUGGAGGCGUCGCUCUGCGUAACUUCUGUGCCUGGCAACAGCUCUUCAACCCGCCCAGCCACAGGCACCCAGAGCACUAUGAUACAGCCAUACUUUUUACUAGAGAGGACAUCUGUGGACAUCAGAGUUGUGACACAUUGGGUGUAGCUGAUGUUGGAACCAUGUGUGACACCAAAAGGAGCUGUUCUGUUAUUGAAGACAAUGGCCUUCAGGCUGCUUACACGACUGCCCAUGAGCUAGGCCAUGUUUUGAGUAUGCCGCACGAUGACGCUAAGAACUGUGAGCAGCUUUUUGGACAUCUAGGCGAGCACCAUAUCAUGGCCCCUGUAUUCACUCAGUUCAGUAAGACCUCGCCUUGGUCUUCCUGCAGUGCUUUGUACGUCACAGAGUUUUUCGACAAUGGACAUGGAGACUGUUUGCUGGACACCCCUGAGACGAUAGUGGCCUUACCCACUGAGCUGCCAGGCAUAACUUACAGCCUGGACCGCCAGUGCCAACAGAUAUUUGGAGAGGAGUUUUCACAUUGUCCCAACACUUCAGCCAGUGAGGUGUGCAGACAGCUCUGGUGCCAGCAAGAAGGGCAGUCUGUGUGCACAACCAGGAACGGGAGUCUUCCCUGGGCGGACGGCACAAGCUGUGGCCCCAACAGGACCUGCCUGAACAGUGUAUGCAUGUCCUCAGACGAAGUCAUGAAGCCUAAGCCAGUUGUGGAUGGAGGCUGGGGCGAGUGGGGACCAUGGCAACCAUGUUCCAGAUCAUGCGGAGGCGGAGUGAUGUUCUCCUACCGAGAGUGCAGCCGGCCAUCUCCUCAAAACGGUGGAAAAUACUGUGUGGGCCAGAGAGUGAAUUACCAGUCCUGCAACAAACAGGCCUGUGAGAAUAACCGAGGGAAAAGUUUCAGAGAGGAACAAUGUGAGAAGUACAACAAUCCCUAUCACUUCGACGUGCAUGGAAAUGUGAAGCAGUGGAUACCAAAAUACGCUGGAGUGUCGCUACGGGAUAGAUGCAAACUCUUUUGCAGAGCACGAGGCAGCAGUGAAUUCAGAGUAUUUGCACCUAAAGUAAUUGAUGGAACCCUAUGCGGUCCAGAUACCACAUCCUUCUGUGUGCAAGGCCAAUGUAUCAAAGCUGGUUGUGACCUGGAAAUCGAUUCUAAUAAGAAGCUCGACAAAUGCGGCGUGUGCGGAGGGAACGGUCAGAGCUGCAGGAUGAUAUCUGGCUCAUUCAAUAAAGUCAUCCAUGGAUAUAGGGACAUUGUGACUAUUCCAAGUGGAGCCACUAACAUUAACAUCAAACAGCAGAGCCAUGGAAGUAUACCACACGAUGGAUAUUACUUGGCUGUACGAAGAGAAAAUGGCGAUUAUAUCUUGAAUGGCAACUUCUCGGUCUCCACAGUGGAGCAGUAUAUUCCAGUGCUUGGGGCUGUGCUGAAGUACAGUGGCUCGUCCACCACAUUGGAGAGACUUCAGAGCUUCCGCCAGCUACAGGAACCAAUCACAAUCCUGCUGCUGUCCACCGCUGGGGAAUCCAUCCCACCGAAGGUCAAAUACACCUUCUACAUUCCUAAAACCAUGUCUUUCAGCAAACCUAAAGACAAAAAGAUGGCUGGCAAACUGAUCCAUCCCUUUGGGGUACCUCAGUGGGUCUCGGGCGAGUGGUCUGAAUGCUCCAAAACGUGUGGUUCAGGAUGGUCCAGGAGAAAUGUGGAAUGUAAAGACAAUGCUGGCUUCUAUUCAAACCACUGCAAUAAAGAUCUCAGACUUUCUGAUAUCAGGCCCUGCGCAGACCUGCCAUGUCCCAUGUGGCAAACAGGACCUUGGUCUUCAUGCUCACAAACUUGUGGCCAUGGUGAACACCAGCGUAAGAUGCUCUGCAUUGAUUACACUGGGAAGAUUGUGGAACCGGAGAAUUGUGACACUGCCAAGAUGCCUCAGCCAGUAUCGGAAAAGUGUUUCUACCAAGAGUGUUGAGGACAUCAUGCAGGCUUUCAAAUUAUUCAGAGGUGAUAAGACGUUCCUGUGAAACAAUAUACAGAUUAUCAUUUGACCGUGCUUCAGGUUGGAGCAGGAAAUAUUCAGCUUUAGGUGGAGAAAUGGUUGAGCUGUGUGGAGUGAGCUUGUUCAUGAAUAUUGCACGG